AUGCUGUCGCCGCCUCUUCCGCCGCGACAUCUUGUUUUGAGGCGGCUCAAAACAAGACUUCCCCUCCCGCCCCUCCCUCUCGCCCUUCUGUCCCUCCCAUUCCCCCUCCCCUCGCAGGCCGCCGCUUCCUUCGCGACGUCCGGAAGAUCCACCGGCGUCGCUGGCACGUCCACGGCCGGCAGCACAACCGGCGGAGACGGCGGCGAUGCGGGAGAUGACGUCAUCAGCGGAAGUUACACCCCGCCGCCCAAGUGCCCGGCGGAGGACUCGACGUGCGCGGGGGGGGCGGGGACGGCGGCGGACCCCGACUCGCCGCCGGCCGUGGCGGAGUGCCCCACGGGGGAGCGGCGGUGCAGCAACGGCGCAUCGGCAUGCUCUGCACGCUCUCCCUGCAGUGCACAGCGGGCCAGUUCCGCUGCCACGACAGCAGCGGAUGCGUGCCUUCCCCCCUCACUCCCCUCCCUGUGCUCUGCCCGUGUCUUCCACCCUCGCCCUCCCCCUUCCCCGUCAGAUCGGCAUGCUCUGCAUGCUCUCCCUGCAAUCAUUGCACUGCACGGCGGGGCAGUUCCGUUGCCACGCCAGCAGCGGGUGCGUGCCUUCCCCACUCACUCCCCUCCCCAUUUACCCCCCACCCACCCCUCCCCAUUUACCCCCCACCCACCCCUCCCCCCCGCCCCCCAGAUCGGCAUGCUCUGCACGCUCUCCCUGCAAUCAUUGCAGUGCACGGCGGGGCAGUUCCGCUGCCACGACAACAGCGGGUGCGUGCCGGACUCGGCGGUGUGCGACGGGCAGGAGGAUUGCAACGAUGGGUCGGACGAGACAGGCGACGACUGCGAACUCAUCAGCGGGUGUCUCGCGCAGGGACUGGCUGCCUGCCCCGCAGACGUGCAGUGCAUUGCCACUCGGAAGUUCUGCGACGGAGUGAACGACUGCAAGAGCGGGUCGGAGGAGGGUGAGGACUUCUGCUCCACUUACAGGUGUCCACGUGGCACCUUCAAGUGCCCCUCCUCGCCACUCAUCUGCCGCCCGGGCGCCAUGUGCGACGGCAAGAACCACUGCCCUGUAACGAAUCCCGACCUGCCUUAUACGGAGGAUGAAGACCCGGCGAUGUGCAGCAGCUUCACCCGACCCAUAGACCCCCGCACAGGCCUUCCCACCAGCGGCGCCACCAUCACCCGCGUGGGGGAUGGUCCCCUGGGCCCCGGCCAGAGAGGCGCGAGCGGAGGGACUGGCGGGGGGAGUGGUGGUGGGAAGGGUGGUGGGAAGGGCGGGAAGGGUGGGAAGGGUGGGAAGGGCGGAGGAAAGGGUAGUGGUGGUGGGAAGGGGAAGGGGAGUGAUGGUGGGAAGGGAAAGGGGAGUGGAGGAAGUGGGGAUAAUGCAGGGAAUGGAAAGGGGAGCCAGGUGGAUGCAUCAGGGGAGGUGAAAAAGCAGGCAGACAAGAACAGAGAACCAGUGGUGCUGUGCUAUCCCCUCCUCCCAGGCAAACUGGGAGAUGCGCGCCUCGACGACAGGAAAGGCGACGACAGAGCAAUCAACGACAUAGCAGUCAACGACAGAGCAGGCGACGACAGAGCAGGCGACGACAGAGCAGUCGACGACAGAGCAGGCGACGACAGAGCAGGCGACGACAGAACAGGCGACGACAGAGCAGGCGACGACAGAGCAGGCGACGACAGAGCAAGCGACGAGGGGGCACAAAACUCGUGUUCCUGGCAUGUAUCUCCGCGUCAUCCGCCACAUUCCACGCUCGGCUUCCUCGCGCAUCCCAUCCGCACACUCCUUGUCUUCCUGCUUCUCCUCUCCGCACCCUUCCCCUCGCUCCCCUCCCCUUUCCCCUACGCCCCCCCAUUCUCCGCCUUCCCCUUCUCCGCCUUCUCCCCCGCCAUCCUCGUGGCGUGGGCGCAAGAGGACCUCCCCUCGAUCAUCACCGCGCCCUCGCCGUGCCCGCGCGGGCAGCGGCGGUGCUACGGCGCGCGGAUUGCGACGGCGUGCGCGGAUGGCAGCGCGUGCUUUAGCACGUGGAUGACGUGUGACGGCCACGUGGACUGCGCUGACGGGUCGGACGAGAACGCCGUGGCGUGUACGGGGAAGACGCCACUGCAGGACGGGGCGGGGGAGGAAGUGGGGGAGGCGGAGGGAGCAGGGGAGGUCGAGGGGGAGGGGGAGGGGGAGGGGGGAGCAGAGGAGACAAGCGAUACUGAUGGAAACCUCUCAGAAACACAGAACGAGCCUGCAACCUGCCCGCCUGGUUUCAUCUCCUGCCCCUCCUCCCCCUUCUCCUCCCCCUCCUCCUCAUCCGCUUUCUCCUGCGUGAAGGGUGCUCUCUGUGAUGGCAUCAACGACUGUCCCCUGGAGGCUGAUCCCUUGGCUUCCUCCUCAGCCCUCUCCUCCUCUUCCGCUGCCUCCCCCAUGCUUCCCUAUUCCAUCGAUGAACACCCCCUCUUCUGCAGCUUUUUCAUCUGCCCGCCGGGCUACCGGAAAUGUUUGAACGGGUACGUUUGCGUGAGCGAGAAGCUGUGGUGCGACGGUGUGAACGACUGCCCGAGUGUAGACCUGGUGACCGGAAAAUAUAUGUCGGUUAGAGUAGCGGCCAAGGCAAUGACAGCAGUGCUAGAAGCAGCCGCAGCCGCAAGAACAGCAGGUUUUGCUGCCGGCAGUGCUUCGACUGCUUCUCACGGAGCAGCUUAUAAAGGAGCUACGCCUGCGGCUUAUACAGAGGAUGAAAACCCGUCCAUGUGCGCAAAGCACGUGUGCGCUGAGGGCACGGUGCGGUGCGCAGUGAACAGUAAAUGCUUGGAUGCCACCCGGUGGUGCGACGGCAUCAUCGACUGCCCUGUUACCAAAAAAGGAAAUGUUACCAUGAAAGCUGGUCUGAGUAGCAGCAGCAGCAGUGGGAAGGGGAGUGCGGUGGCAGCAGUGGUAACUGGAGAGGAUGAGGAUCCGGGUGUGUGUGCGAGCUGGAGUUGUCCUGAUUGGGGCAGGAAGUGCAGCAACGGAGUGCAGUGUGUGGCUCGCGACCACUGGUGUGAUGGCGUCUCUGACUGCCUUCCAGCCCCCUCCUCCUCCCCACCAUCCCUGCCACCAGCAGCAGCAGCAGCAGCAGCAGCAGCAGUGCCAGCGCCAUCAGCAUCAUCAGCAUCGACUUCACGAGAGGCAUUCAACGAUGAGGAUCCCGCCAUGUGUGCGGCGCUGGUGUGCCCUGAGGGCCAGCGCCGCUGCCGCAACGGCUGGCAGUGCCUGGCGGAGCGCCGGUGGUGCGACGGCAGCAGCGACUGCAUCCACCCCGACCCUGCGAGCAACAGCAACGACAGCAAUAGUAAAGGCGGCAGCAACAGUGACAGCAGUACAAGCAGUGACAAGCCUGUUCCAGGGGACGAGGACCCGGUGUUCUGCCGCUCCUUCCGCUGCCCCACAGGCAUGGGCAAGUGCCGCACCGGGCUGCAGUGCGUGCCGCUCAUUCAGGGCGGCGGAAUCGAUGCCUCCAAGUGCCAAGGUGCUGGGGCUGACAGUGUUGAUCCACAGGAUGCGGGCAGCAACAGCGACUCGCCAUUCGACCCUGGGAAUGGGGCUGCUGACCCGGGCAGCCAAGAAAUGGGCGGCAAGAAAAGAGGCAAAGGGAAGGGGAAAGGUGGUGGUGGUGCAAAAGGCGGGGCAGGCGGGGGAGGGGGAGGAGGGGGAGAGGGAGGGGGAGGGGGAGGGAAGAGUGGUGGGGGGGCUCUAAAGAAGGCAGCAGACGCUGUUAUGAAAGGACUCAAGGGCUUGGGAGGGUCGGGCAAAGGCAAGAAAGGGAAAGGCAAGGGGAAAAAGGGAUGA